UCCGGAAUUCGGCAUGUUUAUCCGGUUAGCCUUGACACGGGCGUGACGCGCCAACAGCCGCUCUGUAACUAACGUUAUCCCAGUCGACGGUGCAGCUGUGUAGCAGUUUAACUCGUGUUUUAAACAUUUUAAACAUAAUAUAUAUAUAUAUAUAUAUAUAUAUAUAUCUUUAUAUUUCAACAUGUCGCACACCGUCAUCACCACGACGACAACAACCAGAACGUCCGCUGACGGAAUCCUGAACACGGGCUACACCCGUACCAUCCCGGGACUGCUGAAGAUAGGGCAAAUGCUGGCGCUGCUCGUGGCCUUCCUGUGCGUGCACUGCGUCUACGGCUGGCCCAGCUGGGCGGCCAUGCAGUUCUUCGAGGUGGUGGUGCUGUGGUUCCUCAUCGCCUUCUUCAUCUUCUUCCUCAUGCACCUGUUCCGGCUGCAGGCGAGGAUGCCCUGCAUCAACUGGCCGCUGACGGAGUUCUUUCAUUACUCCGUCGGGACCAUCCUCAUCUUCAUCGCCUCCAUCGUGGCCGCUGUGAAGAGCGGAGGCGUCUCAGCGCUGGUGGCCGGAUCGGUGUUUGGGUUCAUAGCGACUUUCCUGAUGGCCGUUAGUUUGUGGACGUCUUACACCGUGACCUGCGGCUCUCAUCAGACUGGUGCAGCAGUUUAAUCAGCUCCCCGUCAUGAAGGAACCAGACGGUUACGUUGGCAGUUGGCUGAGUCCUGCUGUGUCAAGUUUUCUGCCUAGCAACCGCCUAGCAACCGCCUGGACACUCAACCUGAUUGGAUUAUAAUUUAAACUCCCGACGUAAUGGAACAUGUGAUCCAGGACCAGCCGUCGCUUUCAACAAUCUGAAAAGUAAAUAUCAUCCCGGUAAAGGACAGUAGUUACUCAGAUUACUAUUCCCUCCGUAGAUUUCUACACGUUAAAGGUGCUCAAUAACAUUUCAGUAGAAUCAGCGAAAGACAUCGCUGUGCAAACAAUCCAAAAUCUCAACGGCUUCCUGUCCUGCCUUUCCCUCUUUGAAAAGGUAGACAUGUUUUAUUUUUUAUUUCCCCUCCUUCCUCUAUCUGCUGUCUAAGAUGUAGAGAAGCUUUAUAGAAAAACGUAAGCUGCGUUAUAGCUUUAAAGCCCCGUUCAGACCAAAGAUUCCCAAUGAGACGAAACCGUUUUUAAGAAAAGUUUCAGCGCUCUGAACCGGCCCGUCUCAGCUCGACUCAAACCAGCUACAACUCCGCUGGUCGAGUCUCCAGAGGCUGGUUUUACAACGUAGGAAGACACACACGAUGAGGAGGC